AUGGGGUUCCUCGACUUCGUGAAGAGCGACGAGAAGCGCGCUUCCUCGAUCGAGGACGAGCGCGUCGUCUCCCAUGGCGAGGUCGGCGAGGUAGAGGAAGCAGGCGAUGACCUGCACCGUGGCAUGAAACCAAGACAGCUGAUUGCGCCCCUCCGGGAUAAAACACGCAAACGACCUAUGGCUAUUGCUGGUGCCAUUGGUACAGGUCUCAUCAUCGGAUCGGGAACUGCGCUCAAGAACGGUGGCCCUGGGUCAAUGUUGAUUGGUUACAUCCUCAUGGGCUUCAUCGUCUAUAUCGUCAUGGUGGCACUUGGCGAGAUGGGUGCAUGGCUGCCACACAAGAAGAGCUUCUCGGGUUAUGCUUCCAGAUUCGUUGAUCCGGCACUUGGCUUCGCGACGGGAUGGAACUACUUCUUCAAAUACGUGAUUGUCUUGCCGAACAAUUUGACCGUGACCGGAAUCAUCAUUGCCUACUGGCGACCUGACCUCAAUGUCUCGAUCUGGAUUGUCGUCUUCGGUAUUGCGAUUAUCGCACUCAAUCUCCUUCAUGUUAGCUUUUUUGGCGAAGCAGAGUUCUGGAUGUCGCUCCUCAAAGCCAUUGUCAUCUGCAUGCUGAUCCUGAUCUGCUUCAUUAUUGCUCUGGGAGGCGGUCCGGACCACCACCGAAGGGGUUUCAGGUACUGGCAGGAUCCAGGUGCAUUCAAGCAAUACAACGGCAUUGAAGGAGAUCUGGGUCGAUUUCUUGGUGUCUGGGCCUCCGUCGUGCAGGCAACUUUCGCCUACCUUGGUACCGAGCUGGUCGGUGUUGCAUUCGGCGAGACGCCCAACCCUCGCAAGAAUGUCCCCCGCGCUGUGAGGCAAACGCUGAUGCGUAUUGUCUUCUUUUACGUCGCCGGUGUCAUCAGCCUCGGAAUGGCAGUCCCUUACAACGACGACCGACUGAUUAGCGGCACAGCCCAGAAGACGAGCGGCGCAGCGUCUCCCUUCGUUAUCGCCGCCAAGAUCGCCGGUAUUAGCAAGCUGGACAGUGUCAUCAACGCGUUCCUGCUUGUCUUCACCGUCUCCGCCGCGAACUCGGACAUUUAUCUCGCCGCGAGAACCAUCUGGGCUUUGGCUAAGGACGGCCAGGCACCUGCGAUCUUCCACAAGACUAACAAGCGCGGUGUGCCCAUCGCUGCGGUCGCCGCCUCCUCGCUCUUCAUUGCCCUUGGUUUCAUGAACGUGACCAAGGACGCCAGCACAGUCUUUGGAUACUUCGUCUCCCUGGUUACCGUAUUUGGUGCUCUGAAUUGGAUCUCGAUCCUCGUCAGCUACCACUUCAUGCUGCAGGGGAUGAAGGCUCAGGGAAUCCCAAGGAGCGUCAUGCCGUACCGCAACCCGCUGCUGCCGUGGGGAGCGUAUAUCGCGUUUGUGAUCACUGUCCUUGUCAUUAUCUUUAACGGAUUCGCUGCAUUCAUGCCGUUCAAGAUCGACAAGUUCUUGACGAGUUACAUCGGCAUACCAGUUUACGUGCUCAACGUUCUGUGGUGGAAGAUUUUCAAGAAGACCAAGAGGGUUCGCCCUGAGGAGAUGGACCUGCAGACGGGCCGGCGAGAUGCUUGA